GCGUAGAGACGAUGGGUACUGUCAGCCGGCCCCGCGGUAUGCGCCCGAAGUGGCACAAGAAGCGCUUAAAGCGCUUAAAGCUUCGCCGCCGUCGCAUGCGCCAACGCUCCAAGUAAAUCAAUGGACACAUCAGGGACUGAAGUUCUUAAUUUCUCUAGAAACUGGAGGAUAGAGAAUCAUCCUGCGUCCCCACAAAAUGUGUUAACCACGAUUGUUUGCAACGAAGCACCUAUCGCUCUUUCGAAGAUGGUUUUGAUAACUUACGUUGUCGUGUGCUCGUGGAUAUUUAUGUCAUCUGUAGGUAUUUCAUUUUACUUAAAGCGAAAAAAAUUUCACAUGAUCAAUUGUAUUUUAUGUCCCAACCUUCCUUUUCUUUUUAUUCACAAUGGACACUGCCUUACCCCUUUUGUUCUUCCUAUUCCAUAUAUCUCACUUAGGGAAAUCAUGGGUACUGUCAGCCGGCCCCGCGGUAUGCGCCCGAAGUGGCACAAGAAGCGCUUAAAGCGCUUAAAGCUUCGCCGCCGUCGCAUGCGUCAACGCUCGAAAUAAGCGAGCUUGUUAUUCCUUUCAUGCGAUUCGAUGUAGUCGAACCGGGGAAGAAGUAUGCUCGGCUCAGGGUUAUCUAGUUGCAAUUUAUCCCCUAAUGGGAUAAAAUGCAGCCCUUGUGUUGGCAGCGAGUUCUGUAAGUGUGACUGCUAUGCUUAGUUCCCCAAAGUUGGAUUUUAAUUUAUUUUAUUAAAAAAAUCCCAUACUUGAA